AUGGGCCUCGUAGACACAACAGAUAUUAGGCCCAUAUAUACAACUGCAUCACAGUUGGCUUAUGGUAUGGUUUCAUACCCGCGGAUGGUGGACAAGUCUGGAAACAUCCACUGCACGUUUGUGUAUGGAAGAGCAAGACUGACACCCCUGAAACAGCAGACCAUCCCUCGGCUGGAACUCUGUGCAGCCGUAUUAGCCGCAAAUGCCGACAAAUUAAUAAGAAAAGAGCUGAGCAGUGUGCUUGUCCUACAAUAUAUUUCCAAUACCCAUCGGCGCUUCCAUACAUUCGUUGCAAAUAGAAUCGCUGCCAUACACGAGUUGUCGAAUGCAUAUCAGUGGCGCCAUUCGGGCACAGAUUUAAACCCAGCUGAUGAUGCAACCUGA